AUGGAGGAUAACUUCGAUGACGAAUACUUGAAUUUCAAUUGCAUCUACUGUGAUAAUUUGACUGGGACGUUAGGUUACCAAGACAACCAAAGUACCUGGUGGCAACAAACCAACGUUACCGGUAACCGUGGUGGUGGAGUCAUCAACCAGGACCCAGAUAUUGACAUCGACACCAUCACGAGAGACGAUGCAGCAUGGAUACUAACGGCAACUUUUAUUAUCUUCACCAUGCAGUCAGGUUUUGGCUUGCUGGAGGCAGGCUGCGUGUCCAUGAAGAACGAAACCAACAUCAUGACAAAGAAUUUGGUAGACGUUGUCUUGGGCGGCCUUACCUACUGGAUGUUUGGUUAUGGUUUAUCGUUUGGAACUGAUGCAUGGUCGAACCCCUUCUGCGGCUGGGGAAAGUUUUUCUUGAAUCCUGAUGAAGACAAAAUGGGAGAAGAAUAUACGACCUUUUUCUUCCAGCUGUCUUUUGCAACAACUGCUACGACAAUCGUUUCAGGAGCUGUAGCAGAGAGGUUCAAUUUCGUGGCGUACGUAAUCUUCAGCGCAGUGAACACCGUCGUGUACUGCAUACCAGCGGGAUGGCUGUGGGCAGAGCGAGGGUUCCUCUACCAGAUGGGCGUCAUCGACAUAGCAGGAUCAUGCGGCGUCCAUCUUUGUGGAGGAGCAUCUGCUUUCCUGGCUGCCGUAAUGGUGGGGCCCCGCUUGGGUCGCUACGAUCACUCGGACGCUCCUCUUCCUAUGGGGUCGCCCACCACCGCCAUCUUGGGCAUGUUUAUGCUCUGGUGGGGCUGGCUGGGCUUCAAUUGCGGCAGCACGUUUGGUAUACGAGGCCACAAAUGGAAAUAUGCAGCGCGCACGGCUGUCACGACACUGCAGUCCAGCAUCGGUGGCGGCCUAACAGGCAUGUCCAUCUCGUGGUUCAAGAAUAAAAAACUCUACGUAGCCGACGUCAUCAGCAGCAUCCUCGGGUCUUUGGUUUCUAUCACAGGCGGUUGUUCACUCUACACGUCCUUUGAAGCCCUAUUGAUUGGCAUGGUGGGAGGUACGAUCGCAGUUCUAGCGACGCCUCUUAUUGCAAAAGCCGGGCUUGAUGAUCCUGUUGGUGCGGUCGCCGUGCAUGGUUUGUGUGGUCUGUGGGGUAUGUUGAGUAUAGGUCUAUUCGUCAAGGCAUGGACUUUGUUUAUUGUUCGCGUUCACUCAGGAGGAGGUUUCUACUUGCUGGGCGUACAGGCACUCUCCUGCCUUGUGGUGGCUCUUUGGUCAGGUUCAGUGACAUUUGUUAUACUAAAGAGCAUCGACAAGUUUAUCGUGUCGAUCCGCAUGAGCGAGUGGGAGGAGCUUGUGGGUGCCGACUUCGCUGAGCAUGGAAUCCGGAGGAAAGACGUGGGCAUCACUCGGGCCACCUCCGUGCUGGGCAUGCGGCCUGAACAAGUGGAGAACCCGGUGCUUCCUGUGCUUGGUGACAACCCUUACCACCAGAAUAUAUUGACCCGGCUCAAGCGACUCAAGCGGCGUAAAGUAUCUGAUCUGGAGGUCGACAAGACAACUCCGGUGUAUCGCAUCGCGGAGCUGCCCGGCGAGAGCGGUCUGAGCUCAGCGGCUGGGACGAGUGCUACAUCUAACGAACGAAGGGUGGCACCAUGUACACCCUAA